GUAAUCUGUCAUUAAAAUACUUUGACGUGUCGUACAUGGACAAAUCAGUAAAAUAGUAUUUUAUAAAUUUAAAUCAUGGUAUUCCAUUAGAAAUAUUUUUAAUAACAGUGGGAGAUAUUUGUAAACUUUCAAAAAUGGAUUUUCUUAAAAGCGGGCUGAAGACGGUACUAGGCGCGCCAGAGCCGGGGUACCAGCCGACCGGAGCAGAAACGGUGGAGCGUUUAGUAGACAGGGUGAACAAUUCCACCCUGUUAGAAGAUCGAAGAGAUGCGUGUCGCGCGCUCAAAGCCAUGUCUCGAACCUACCGCGUGGAGGUUGGCGCACAGGGAAUGGACACCAUCAAGCAGGUUUUGGAACUGGACAGAGCUGACAACGAAACUAUAAACUACGCUCUGGACACACUCAAAAACAUAAUGUCUCCCACUCAGUUUGAAGAAGAGGAAGAUAACCACAGAGUGCCCAUGAACAUUGGUGAACAGUUCACUGAAAUGUUCAUCAAAGACCAUCACAAUGUGCAGUUGGUGCUGGACCUCCUUGACGAAUAUGACUUCAGGGUGAGGUUAUCUGCUGUCCAACUCCUGACGUCUUUACUUACAAACAGACCUAAAGACAUCCAAGAGAUCAUUCUAGUCAAGCCAAUGGGAGUGUCUAAAAUGAUGGAUUUGUUGGGAGAUGCACGGGAAGUGAUACGGAAUGAGACUUUGCUUCUUCUAAUCAAGUUGACAAAAGGCAAUGCGAAUAUACAAAAGAUUGUAGCAUUCGAAAACGCAUUCGACAGGCUAUUCGAGAUCUUGUCGAGCGAGGGUUACUCUGACGGCGGUAUUAUAGUCGAAGAUUGCCUUCUUCUCAUGUUUAAUCUAUUAAAGAACAACAGCAGUAAUAUAAACUUCUUCAAAGAAGGCAGUUAUAUACAGAGGAUGCUCCCGAUGUUUAAUACGCCAGUAGACGAAGACCUGGGCUGGUCUCCGCAAAAGGUGUCCAACGUCCAUUGCAUGCUCCUCAUUGUGAGGACAUUAGUAUCUCCAAGCAACUCGAUCCACAUUGUAUCCAGUUGCCAGAAGAUUAUGAAAAAUGUUGGAUUACUGGAUGCUGUAUGUAAUAUCCUAAUGUCGAGUGGUGUUCCGGCGGAUAUACUCACGGAGACUAUAAAUACUGUAGGCGAAAUCGUUAGGGGAGAUGUGAAUAAUCAAGAGUUUCUGGGCAAUGUCAUGGCGCCGUCGAACCCGCCUCGGCCGGCGAUUGUUGUGCUGUUGAUGUCCAUGGUCAAUGAGAAGCAACCAUUUUCACUGCGAUGUGCAGUUCUCUACUGUUUCCAAUGCUACCUGUACCACAACGAGAUGAGUCAGGCGAACCUCGUGCAAACUCUCUUGCCCUCUUCAUCGGAUGUCUCGAGCCUCACCAGCGGUCAGUUGCUCUGCGGCGGGCUGUUCUCCUCCGACGUGCUGUCCAACUGGUUCUCAGCCGUGGCCUUGAUGCAUGCAUUGAUCGAUAACCCUGGUCAGAAGGAGCAAUUACUGCGGGUGUUACUUGCAACUAAUAUAGGAAGCUCGCCAGUGUCGUUACUACAUCAGUGUACUUUGUUGUUGCAACAGAGUACCAAGUUGAAGCCUAAGGUGGCGCUGCUGAUGCUCUUGUCCCAGUGGGUGUGCAACUGUCCUGCGGCGGUGGGUGCAUUCCUGCAGGUGCCUGGCGGAGUGGGCUGGCUGGUGGCGCAGGCCACUGCGGGAGAACAUGAUGACAACGAGGCGCUCGUCCAGGGACUCGCAGCUUUCCUUCUCGCACUCUGCGUGCAUUUCAACGAUGACUCCGUCGAGAAUUACACCAAGGAGAUGCUGAGGCAGCUGGUGGUGAAGCGCCUGAGCGUGGAGUCGUUGGUGUCGCAGCUGGGCGCGGUGUCGCGGCACGAGGUGUACUCGCGCGCCGCCAAGCACCCGCAGCUGCGCGCCAAGCUCCCCGCAGACGUGCUGCUCGACUACGAGUUCUGCAGACUCUUCAAGCUCAUGGAGAGUGUCCUAGUCCAGAGUCUAACAGCACAGCAGGAGAACGGCGUGGCAGACCCCACCGCGGAGCGAUCCUCUCCCGACAAUGGCUUGCUCGAGCAGUACAAGACCCUGAUCCGUCAGCAAGACGCGCGCCUGCAGGAACUCAUGGCGCAGCUCGACACCCUCAUACAGCAGAACCAGUCGUUGCAGAGUGCUCUCAACGACUCCAUCGCAUCAAACUCGCAUCUUAAGGAUGAGAAUACACUCCUGAAAGCUCAAGUAUCUGCAUCGACGUUAACCAGUCAACCGCCAGUCCAGCCUGUCAGUCAAACUGGCGCGAAUACUGAAGAGUAUGAGCGAAGGAUACAAGAAUUGACGACGGAGGUGGCGCGGCUGACGAACGAAUUGAAAAUAAAUCAGGACGGCCAGCAGUCCGCCGCCGAGGAGUUGGAGCGGCUCAGGAAGGAUCAGGAUGAUUUGCUGGAGCUUCUCGCUGAUCAGGACAUGAAACUGAAUGAAUAUAAGACUCGUCUAUUAUCGCUGGGGCACGUCGUGGACGAGGACGCGCCACCACCCGACGACCCUGCGCCAGCGCCUGCGCCCCACGUGCCUGCGCCCCCCGCGCCCGCGCCCACAUCCGCCCCCCCGCACACGCCGACACGCUCAACCUCACGUGACGACUCAAUCACAAGAUUAACAACAGAAAAAUCCGCAUAUAGUCCAAUACACACAUCCGAAUAUAUACUGGUGUAUUACACGCUUUGUUAAUGUACAACGGCAGAGGGAUACAUUUUACGGUAUGUGUUUAGAACAUCUGCGAGAAACAUAAAAAAGCAAUAAUAAACACCAACAGAAAUAUACUCUCGGACUUCAAUUAAUAUACGAAUCGUUAAUUUUGUAUCGAUUGGGAAAAUUAUAAAAAAGUCAUAUGUAAUGUGUCAAACCAUUUGUUCAAUGCAAAAGCUGUGGUUAAAAUUGUUUAUUCCGUUCUGUUGUAUAAGCGUAUAUAUUUUUCACUGAGCGACGUUUGAAAGCGCAGCGGAAACUUGCAUUUUAUGCCACGUAAAUUCUAUACUCUACUAAUUUGAUAAAUACAUACACUUUCACAUACACCUUAAUGAUAAAAAGUUAACUAAUAUGUACCUACUAAGAUUUCUCACAAUGGCCUUCAGGAAUUCGAUUUUCUUUCCUAAAUUAUAUUUUUGUCCUUGAUUUUGUUUAAUUACUUGUCUUUAACUUACGAAGAUAUUAAAUGAUUUAUUACGAAUCCAAUACUGUACCAAAAUAAUCGAUAAAUAUAAAAAUAGACUCGUACUAGAAUCGUUGUGUACACACUUGCUUAACUCCACUCGUGUUUUCAAAUGGAAAUACCUUUCUUGCAAUUCCUGUAUUAUAAUUAACGUGUUUAGGAAAA